AUGCCCAAGGUGAAGAAGAAAAAUGCUGCUAUCAGCCAAGAAGCUCUACAUAAGAUCGUCAAGAUGUACAGUCAAGACCAAUGGCUUGUGAGCACCUGGAGGAACCUCUCAGCUGAAGGCGUCAGACUUGGCUUCAUUAACCCCUCUGAUCUAAACGAGUUCGAGGUUCUUCCCAAGGACCGCGUCGGAAAGAUGGAUGCUGAGCUUAAGGCAGCCUACCGACGCCUUCCAUCGGCACGCGCCCCAUUGGUCCAUCCGACAUGGGAGCGGGACGGCCAGUGGAGGAUUGUCCUAGAGAUCCCGCUCGAAGUCCGCAAGGAAACAAACCUACCGCGUCGCUGGAAGCUGAGAACGCCUUUCAAGGAAGAUUCGCCUGAGCCUUUUGCCCACAACAUCAAAGUUGAGGAAACCAGCGUUCACCGCAACCCUGGAGAUGGCCUUCCGUCCGACUACGAAUCUGACUUUGACGCUUCCAUGGAGUCUGCUUCCGACACCGAGGACGACGUUGAUGAAGAGGACGUUAUUGAGGUCGAUGAGUACUUUGAUGCCGAAGACGAUGUCGACACUCCAGAGCGCGCUGAAGUCAUUGUAAUCACAGACUCCGAAGCAUCUGACGACUCCGACGACUGCUUCGUGGUGGUCGAUUCCGAGCUGCUUCCCUGUGAUGCCUCCGAGACACUCACAUCCGGCUUGUAA